AGUGAAGUGCGUGUUCACAGAGUGUGGAAAAGUGAAACAGACGACAUUUCGCAAAUUUAUUCUGUGUCGUCUGCGUCGAUCUCCGCCCCCCUUUUGAAGACGGGUGUUGUCGUCUGCUAUAAAAAGGUGAAGUAACGGGACGAGGAUCCGCGACAUUAGAGACAGCCAUGCUGCGAUUUCUUGUCUUCACCACAUGGUUCGUAGCGUGGAGCAGCUGUCAGCAGCAACAGCUGUUCUAUCAACAACCGACAGCGGCUCAAACAGCACCACAACAGAACGGCUACUACAACCCUCCGUACAGCGGUCAGGUACAGUCCACCACCACCACUCCGGCCCCGUCCUACUACUACCCUCCAGCGCCUGUCCACUACGUCAACAUUGGCGAGAAGUUGGAAGGCGACUACAAGUUCGGCUACGACACGGGAACCGGACCCGCCGGCCAGAGUUACAGGGAGGAAGUUAGGCUCACAGACGGUACCGUACAGGGCUCGUACGGGUACGUCGACACCAGGGGACGCAGGAGGAAGGUGCACUAUACGGCCGGUAAAAAUGGCUUCCAAAUCGUUAAAGACGAAAUCAUCAAGGACGAUGCGCCCUCCUCAGACCAGUACGACGUGACGACACCAAAGUCGGCCGUUCAGCCCGCACCUGUUCAGUCUCCACCUCUUCAACAGCGACGUCAACAUCAGCAGCAACCUGUUCAGCAAGCGUCCAUUCAGCAGUACUCAAACGUUGAGUACUCUAGUCACAAUGACGCUGCCAUUUCUAGGCCUAAGACGGCAGAAGACGUCCACAAGCAAUUGUAUCCCACGCGUUUCGUCGGGCAACAGUCUGUGCAUCGGCAGCAGGUCCUUCAGCCAGAAGCCAGGCAGCCUUUCCAGGUAGCUCUUGAGGAGCCCGUUGAAGACGCUGACAGUGAACAGCCCGGUGAACCGCCUGUUCAGCACAGACGUCCUCUAAGGAAAAGAAAGCGCCUGAGGAGGCCCACUACCACGACGACCGAAACUCCUCUUCCCGACGCUCUGCCUCCUCCACCACCUCCUCGCCCGCGUCUGUUCACCGUGUCUCCCCGGCUCGUGGAUACAACCCACGGCCUCCCUGGUGACGGAUACGGUGAGCGCAUUAGCGGCAGGAAAGCCGUCAAGGUACCGGACCCCGAGCCAAAGGGAACGAUCACUGUGCCGCCUCCGGAAUUUCCUCAAGCACGACGUCAGCCUCAGUUACGGCGCCAGUUUCAGCGCCCACAGCAGCAACAGAUCGUGGAACAAGCCCCCCGUGCUGUGCAGCAACCCGAAGCUCGACCGGAACUUCCUCCGCGGAGGUUGAAUGCAGUACGUCGCACGCGACGACCCACGACGCCAAGUCCUCUGGACGUUUAUUCUCCCGUUGAGGUGCAGAAUCCUGCCGUGCCCGUUGAGGUUCAAAGUCCUGCCGUGCCCGUCGAGCCUCCGAGACGCCGCAGAGUGAAAGUCGUCCGUGUCCCACAUUUCCUGGACCAACAGCUGCGACUACACAGCGACCAGCAACUGCGACCACAGCUGCGACCGCAGCUGCGACCACAGCACCACGUUACCCUGGCUACACCGCCGCCCGUUGCUCCUGUUUCGUACGCGGUAACUUCUUCGCCUGAACCGGAAGAACCGACUCAAACCUUCCCGUCCGCUGAACAAUCCUUCUUGAAAACACACGGAUCAUCGUUCAGCGGUCAGCAAAUUUCGCAGUACCAGCUUUCCCCAUCGUUACCCCGAAAUACUCAGCAAGUUGCACACCAGCAGAUUUACAAUGCCCCGCCUAGAAGCAAUCAGCAAGAUUUCCAGUCCCAGGUGCCUUUCUUUCAGCAGCCGCUCAGACCUUUCCAUCCUGUUUCGUCUGGUCCAAUCUUGCCUCCGCCAGUUCAAGUCCAGUCCCAGCCAGAGGAAGUGACUCAGCAGCUCAGUCAGCAACCGGUUGAACAGCCUGUUCAGCAACCGGUUGAACAGCCUGUUCAGCACCACAGUCUGGUACAGCAAGGAACGCCAGCGAGUUCCCUCGAGGUGUACCCACCGCGCUACAAUCACUCCGUUGACUUGUCCAUCCUCAACGUUCCGAUACCUGGCCAUAACUUGACGAGCUCUUUCGAGCACGUUCCUGCUGUUCCGCCUCCACCUCCAGUAAAUUUUACCGGCUCGCAACCACUAUUCCAACAGUACAACAAUUUCAUUAGGUCGUUUCCCACCACCCCAUUUCAACAGCAACCGCAACCUGCUAAUGUAUAUGCGCCACAGACCUUCCAGCCAUACCAACCUUUCCCCGCGAACCAGUUCGGAGCCGUUGCCCAAGCGCAACCGAACCAGCAACCGGCAAUUCAAACGGCGUCGCAGGUGACAACGGCUUCUCCACCGCCAGCGCAGCAAACUCGGCCGCAAGUUAUUCAGCCGCAACCCGUCAAUUCGUACCAGCCGUACAGCGGUCUACAACUGCCCGCGACCCUCUUCAACCCGUACCAGCAAACGAGUCAGCAGGCGUUCAGCGAUCCUUUUCAAGCCGAUUUCAGUGCCCCGUACCAGAUCAACAGUCCAUACCAGACGCAGUACGCCGCUCCGGUUCAAGCAGUUCCUCAGUACCAGACGCUAGACUACGGCACGGGUGGUCAAGCCGUACUGUCGCCUUAUGGCAGUUCUUCGACAGCAAAUCCUACGGUAGUUAACAGCCAGGCGGUGCAGUCUCAACAGAAUGUGGCGUCACCCGUUUUUGACAGGCGGUUGUUGUCGUAUAGCAUCGGAGUUUCGCCCGUUUCUUCGUAGUCCAAAUUAUACCUGUGGUAUUUAGGAGUGCCUAUAUGCUCUGUAGCAUUGACUAAAAAAUGAAUGUGCUUUACCUGCGGGUAGCACCUUCUGGAAAUGUGGUACUUUCGAAAAGUCAGCUCUUACGGCUCAGCCGACUUUGCCUGCCGACCUGCCGGUGGACAAAUUGUCGACGCUUUCUGUGUAUAGUACAGAGUUAAACCUCGUCGGUUUCUAACGUGCUUAUUUAUUCUGCGACAUCCUGUCCAUAUACAGGGUAUCUUUUUUUAGGCGAUACGGAUUUUUCAU